AAAGACUGUACAGCAUUUUCUAUGCCUGUGAACAGAGCAGACAGCAUGCGUUUUCAAUGCAACCUCUAACAACUCGUUUUGUGGCCCAGUACAGUUCGUGAGUCCCUUCCUAGGGACACCGAGUGACCUCUCCAAUGGGGUGUGGCAACGAGACCAACGCAACUUUGCCCUACCCAGUUCAGAUCUCAGUUCCCUUAACAAUACUCGUUGGACUUCUUAUUCUCCUGACACUAUUUGGCAACGUUCUAGUUGUAAUAGCAGUGUUUACAAGUCGCGCCUUAAGAGCACCCCAAAAUCUGUUUUUAGUCUCUCUGGCAUCCGCAGACAUCCUUGUGGCCACCCUUGUGAUGCCAUUUUCUCUCGCAAAUGAACUUAUGGGCUACUGGUACUUUGGAGAGGUGUGGUGUGAAAUCUACCUGGCCCUUGAUGUUCUGUUUUGCACGUCAUCUAUUGUCCAUCUCUGUGCCAUAAGUCUGGACAGAUACUGGUCUAUCACACAAGCUAUCGAAUACAACCUGAAACGAACUCCCAGAAGGAUAAAAUGCAUAAUUUUCAUCGUUUGGGUGAUCGCUGCCGUCAUAUCUUUCCCACCUUUGAUUUCAAUGGAAAAGAAAGGGGGCGAGGAAGAGAGUCCGACGUGUAAAAUAAACGACGAGAAAUGGUACAUUAUCUCCUCCAGUAUUGGCUCAUUCUUUGCCCCAUGUAUCAUCAUGAUUCUAGUUUACAUGCGAAUUUACCAAAUCGCCAAAAAGAGAACAAGGGUCCCCCCAGGGAAAAGAGAAAAGGACGCGCCGGACAGGAACCCUAAUGGCUUCGUGGACAAGGAGUCUCCGGAGAAACUGAACGGAGAGGCAGCGCGGGAGGACCAAGGCAGAGAAGGCGAAAUCAACGGAGUUGACAUGGAAGAGUCAUCUUCUUCAGAUCAUAAUGUCAACAACCCCUGCUCCAUGAAAACCAAAAAGGGGAAGGGCAAAACCAGACUCAGCCAAAUCAAACCGGGAGAUAACAUCCCCAAAAGAGAGGUCCAGCGGAGCGUCAAGGGGAGCAGGUGGAAAGGACGACAAAACAGAGAAAAGCGGUUCACGUUCGUGCUGGCGGUCGUGAUAGGAGUGUUUGUGAUAUGCUGGUUUCCGUUUUUCUUCACGUACUCACUGACAGCCAUCUGCGGCUCCUGCUGCGUCCCCGAGACAUUGUUUAAGUUCUUUUUCUGGUUUGGCUACUGCAACAGUUCCCUGAACCCCGUUAUAUACACAAUAUUCAACCAUGAUUUUAGAAGGUCCUUUAAAAAGAUCCUUUGUAAAGGAGAGAGAAAACGAAUGGGUUAA